ACCAAUGAGAGUGUGUCCUGUGAUGUUGUUCUGAGUGUGACUGUGGUUCCUGAUGUGCUGUGUUACAGUGAUACAGAGUCAGGAUGGAUGGAGAGUGGAUUACCGUCAGACUGACAUCUGUGCUGUAAAAGGAUCAACAGUGGUUAUAAGAUGUGACUACGAAUACCCACCUGGAAUAUAUUACUAUGAUAUAAAGGACAGAUUCUGGUUCACUAAAGAGAAAGAUGGUGAACCUGUGGAUCUGAGAACAGACUCUGAGUAUUCAGGCCGUGUGACGUAUGGAUGUUAUGGUAAUAGUUGUUAUCUGACCAUCACAUACGUGAGAGAGUCAGCGAGUCCCUCUGCUGAGAUGCUGGAGGGCGAUUCAGUGACUCUGACCUGUAGCACUGAUGCUAACCCAGCAGCUAGCUACACCUGGUACAAGGAGCAUGAAGACUCACCACGAGCAUCAGGACAGAUCUUCACCAUCACUGACUUCACAGCUGAACACAGUGGGAAUUAUUACUGUGAAGCCCAG